UGUUCACUUCACUUAAUAUCUUUAUAUUCGCUUUCUUCUGCACUUUUGCAUAUAAUCAAUCUCCUCUUCUUGCAUUGCUUUCUUUCUUACUUACCUAUAAGUGAUAAUAUACCUUUUUUUUUUUUUUGCUUCUUUUGUUGUCUCUCCUUUUUGUCCAUUUCCAAUUUUCCAUAAUCAGCUCAAAUAGAGAGUAGAGAGAGAACAAAAAUGUCUCAUCAUAAAAUUCAUAACCACCACCAGCAAGACCUCCUUCCUUGCUUGCAUUGCAACCCACAUAGCUAUAUUAGGAUGGUUCAUCAGCUCAUAGAGAGAUGUUUGCUUCUUCACUUGAGCAGAGACCAAUGCAUUAAGGUACUAGAAAAGCAUGCCAACGUUAGGCCUCUUGUUACACUUACAGUGUGGAGAGAAUUACAAAAAGAAAAUAGGGAUUUCUUUGAAGCAUAUUCGCAUUCUAUUUCUUCCAAGCCUUUCCCAAAUAGGUUUAUCAAGAGGGUGCCCAGAUUGGCAAGAAUGAAACAGUGGAAAUAAAUGAGAAUAUAUAUGUUUUUGGCAAAUACUAGCUAAACGAGGAAGAAGGUCAUCGAUCAAUGAUAUAUAUAUACAAGUAAUUAAGGUUAAUUAGAACAAUCUAAUCAAAAGCUAUUGAUUAUAUAUUUAUAAGAAAUUUAUAAAUUAAUUUACGAGUUUUUAAAAAUAUAGUAUGGUUUUAUAUUUCUGAUAAGCAUCUUUGUAAUAUAUUUUUAAUAAUAUAUGUGCAUAUAUUUGAUGGGUGUUCUUGCCUAACUUUUGCAUAUGAAGACUAAGCCCAUCUUUCAGAUAA